CUCGCCUUCACUUAGUAACCAUCCCAUUAAUGUGGGUCCUUACUAUGCUUUGGUCCUUCCUGCCAUUCCUUUGCCCAUCGAUCGGCCUUCCGGCCAUCUGUGACGGAGGCUCACCCACCUCUGGGACUGGGUCCCUGUGCAGUUUCCAGCCAAGAAACUCCCGAGACACUGAACAAGUCUGCCACCAGUUCACCGUACCACACAACCGUCGCUCAGUGAGAGAGGAGCUGAAAGGUCCACGACUACACAAACGCCAAUCAACCUUCAACCCCAAACAUCUUUCCAUGGAUCCAACACCUUUCAACCUCGCGGAGCACGGC